AGUUGUGACAGUGACGUUCCCUGGAGCAAACGCAAUCAAUCGCAGAAAUUCGCAAUCGCAAAAGCAAAGCGAAAUUUCGAAGACUCAAGACGCAUGUUCAAAAAGAUUUUACACGGCCAACGAACCAGCGUACCAAUAUCGAUUAUAAAAUAGGACAAAGUACAGCCUUUCUUAAAAAUGGAGCUAAAACUUUUAUUUAUUUGAUUUUACACAAAGCAAAAUGUUGGCCUGGGUUUUGUUGUGUUCAUUGAGCUUACAACUCAAAAGUGUGGCAGCGCAGGCUGACUGCAAUGAUCUCCGCGGGCGUGUGAUCUCUCAUGGCUUUCACUAUGCACCAGGCCCAGACACCUGUACCCUUUGUGUUUGUGAUAACGGCCUUCCUAAGUACUGUAAAGCAGUGCUAUGUUCACCUCCACAGGAUUGCCGUUCAUUUAGAGUGGGGAACACUUGCUGCGAGUUCAUCUGCUUGGACGAUGUGGUGAAGCCGGCGGAGGGGGCCGAAGCUAAUGUUCGAGUGGCGGCGGGAGGGGCGGCGGCUGUGGUGCUGUUGACUGUGGCGCUCGUGGUGUAUAGAGUAAGGAAGCAAAAGAGGCGGAGACCGCCUCAUGCGGAUGAUCAAAGGAGCUUGACUAGCAUUGGCUACAUCAGCGGCAGUAUGGGCUACAUGGGCGGUACUUGCGAGACGGCGCUGGGGGCGUGGAAGCCGCCCAGCAACUACCUACCCCGCGGGGAAGCGCCGCCGCCAUACGACGAGGCCAUAGCGCAGAGGCCGGAAACUAUAAGGAUAACAUCAGAGACGCAGUUCCACCGCACCUACCCGGCCGUGGACAGCCUCCCGCGGCCUGAAGAUGGCAUGCAGUGCUCGCAUGGCUACGUCAAUGUGCCAAGACCGGUGCAACAGAUGGCGAACCCCCAGGGCUGCUACAAUGCCCCUUUAUUGCAACCCGUACACCCUCCAGACGCGACCCAACCUUCUGUCAUCCCGCACCAUUCGUUACCACAGAACGUGGUGGGAUUCCCGAGCGCGAUCCGGCUGACGGGAUCCCUGGGCGCUAUCAGCAACCGCGGGCUCUCCCGCGUGCUGCAGCGGGACCCCGCGCCCACGCACGAGCGCCCCCACAACGUGCCCGGCUUCUAUACCGCGCACACCUCGCUCCACCGCACCAUCCCGCGCGUGGCGCCGGCGCUGGAGGCGGCGCUGCUGGACGGCUCGCUGGCCUUCAGCCGCGACCGCGUGCUGCACGCCGAGAUACGCCGCUCCUUCCACAAGCCCGGCAGCGACUCCCGCCACGACACAGGUCGCAGUAUGCCGCGCAAUCUGAACUUAGCGGCCGAACGCAGUGAUCGCCCCGAUCCCAAGCCCAGUCUCGACGACAAUUGCGGCGGGCGGGCGGGCCGCCACCGCGCGGCGAGCUGCGAGCUGGCGCCCGCGGCCGAGCCCAGCGCCGCGCCGCACUCCACGCUGCCCUUGACGGUCGACAAGCCGUCCUGCGUAUGCAGUUAUUCAGGCGGCGUGGCGACCGGCAGCGAAGAAGCUGACGACUACCGCAGCGAGUGCGAGAACUGCAAGGCUGGCAGCAGCUCCAGAUGGGCCUCGGAGCCGGCGGCGUGGGACGGGCCGGAGGCGGAGGGCGGCACGCAGACGCUGCAGCGCCGCGCGCCGCCGCCCGCGCCGCCGCCGCCCGCCACCGCCACGCUGCCGCAGCCCGUCACCAAGCAGAGCCGCACGGUAAUGGGCCCGCCUUCGAAUUGGGAGAACUGGUUCAACACUAUUCACGACUCGGACACAGAGUCGGAAGAGGAAUGAGCCCACCGACAUUCGUUUAGGAGAACGAACUAUAUUCUUUAUGUAGUGCACGAACGAUUUUAAAAGUAUAAGAAAUUCAAGAAAUGUAAUUCAGGCAACUAUUGGUAGGAAGCUGAUUUCGAGAUUAUUGAUUGUGGAGCCAUCUGGUGGCGUGUGAGGUAAGGAUUAUAUUUUAAAUACAGAAUUCACCAUACUCAACAGUGGAGGGAUUCGUACAUACAUAUAAUCACGUCUUGAUCCUUUACGGGGUAGACAGAGCCAACAGUAUUGAAAAAUGUGAAAGGCUUUCGUUUCGUUAUAUACGUAUAGCUAUAUGGGGGUUUGAAUUCUAAUAAUGUAUGUGCUGUACUAUAUUUAGAAUCUAAAUGAAGUUUUUGUAUUUUUGGUGAUUUUUAUUUAGUAAAAAAAUAUUUUUAUUACGAAGUCAGCAUCCUAGCUAUACAAAAAGUGCGGCUAACUCUUUCGUUGUUGUAAUUCAAAAGAAAGUUUUUCUUCGCAUAAGAUUUAUAUCAGUAUCAAAAUAAUAUAAUCACUAUCACACUACAUAUUAUGAAGUAAAGUCCCGCGUAUUUUCUUUGCCUGCGCGCUAAUCUCUGAAAGCUGGGGACGAGUUUUGUUCCAGUUUGGAAUGUUGGAACAGGGUUAUCUGAGGAACGUAAUACUAUAUAAUAUAAAUGCUACCCGUGCAAAGCCAGGGCAGAUCGCUAGUUUUAAUUAAAGUGCAAUGAACUUCAAUACCAAUUGGUGUUAAAAGAAAAAAAAAACAUUUUUUAUGGCAUCCCUCGAGGUCGGUUAUCAAAAAUCAUGCAUGACAAUACUAAGUUAUAACUUUAAUUUUAUUCUCAAAAGCUAAUGUCACAACUUAUAAAACUAUUAACACACCUAACCCCACCUACAUUUACUUUAUACUUUAUUAUUUUCUAUACUUAUUGUCGUGCAUAAUAUGAACAAAAUAUUCAAUUACUUUUGCAAGCAAUCACUAAGAGAAAGUAAGCAAAGGAUAGGGCUGUAACCAGUGGUUAAUUAUAUCGAUUUUAAUUUUCAAUAUAUCUUGUUGAUAAUAUUAUUCCUAUUUCUGUACUUACGCAUUCCGACAAUUUAUUUCUAAUAGAAAUAGCUUUAAUUUCGUUUCGCAUUUGAUGUGUUUGUUUUUUGUACAUCUUGUUUGUGCACAAAGUGAUUUUCUAUUGCAACGCACAUUAAAUGUGUUUAUUUUAAUUUUUGAUGUUAAUAUUAUUUUUGUUUACAAUACACACAAUGUUUUACUAUUUGUCGCGCACAUAUGAUGUGUUUUUUAUAGUUAUUCUAUUGAGUUUGUUUUAUUUUAUACCAAAGAUUAAAUAAAUAUUUUGUUGUAUUUUGCUAAUCAUUUUAUUUUUGAACAGUAAAUUUAUAUAAUAAAAUUAAAUUUUCAUUAUUUGAUAUUUCUUGUAAAUUUAGUAGAUUGUGUAUUAACAUACAAAUUAGUUAGCGAUACUUAUAAGGUAGAAAUUAAAAGAUUUAUUAUGAUGUUAAAUAUAGCGAUUCAUGAAAGUUCAGGUUAUAUUUAAUGUCUAGUUCAAGAGGAGGAUAUGCCAACAUAGAUAUAAAAUUAUAAAAUUGAUGUAUGUAGUAAUAACUUAUGGAUUAUAAUGGUGCCAAAGUGGAACUGUAUACAAGGAUGCAAUGAUCAAUCGAGUAGACGAAAAUCAAAUUUUUGGGGCUGUCUCUUAUGAUUGAUUUGGGUUAAAAUAUUUUUUUAAGUGUAGAUAAACUAAACAAAUCUUGAUAUUUUGCUUAUUAUAAUAUAUUUAAAAAUCACAUCGCAGCAAAAACCUUAGUUUCCGUGGAAUUUGCGAACAACUUGUAUUCUUU